AUGGAUUCCAACCUCGCACUUGUCUAUGGCCCUACAGAGCCCCAGCUAUGUCUCAAGACUAUGGGCGCUCUCAUCGAGGACCAGGCAGCCCAAUUUGGUGACCGUCCUGCCGUUGUCUUUCCAUGGCAGUCCGUCCGGCUGUCAUAUCGCCAACUGGCGGACCGGAGCAAAGCCCUAGCUGGAGAGAUGCUUGAAAUGGGACUGCACCAUGGGGACUGUGUGGGUAUUUUGGCAGGCAACUGCUACCAAUAUGUUGAAGUUUUCCUUGCUGGUGCUCGAAUCGGAUGUCCUGUUGUUGUGCUGAACAAUACAUACACGCCUGCAGAGCUUGAAAAUGCCGUCCUAAGGAGUUCUUGCAAGGUUGUCUUCCAUGCUACCAGCAUCGGCUCUCGGGACCUGACAGGUCAUAUCAGAAUACUUCAAGGGACACAAUAUCCAAAUCCAGCACUCCCCGAUCUCCGCCGGAUUAUCUCACUCGGACUUGGAGAAUUCCGCACUGGAGCUAUUGAGGUUCAGCUCUAUGACACGGUUACUUCGAAUAGUCCUUCUGUGUCUAUAAACAAUGCGACACUCGAGCACGCAGAGAGACAGGUUACUCCCCAAGAUGUGGUUAACUUGCAAUUUACUUCUGGAACCACGGGGUCUCCGAAAGCUGCUAUGCUCACACAUACGAACCUCAUCAACAAUGCACAAUUUGUCGGAAGAGCAAUGCAACUGACCCCGGAAGAUGUGAUUUGUUGCCCGCCACCCAUGUUCCAUUGCUUUGGUCUGGUGUUAGGAUUUCUUUCAUCAUUUUUCUACGGAAGUUCAAUCGUCUUUCCAUCUGACUAUUUUGAUGUCGCAAAGGUAGUCGACGCCAUCAUCGACGAAGACGCCACGGUUCUUCUCGGCGUUCCAACCAUGUACGUGGCCGAGUUAGAAGUGAUGGCAAAGACAGGACAGAGACCCCGGCGACUACGGACAGGACUUGCAUCUGGCUCGGCAGUCUCACAAAAUCUCAUGAACCAGCUGCGAGAGAUUAUGGGCGUCGAGAAAAUGCUGAUUGCAUACGGAAUGACAGAGACCAGUCCUGUUAGCUUUAUUACUUCCCUGGACGAUAGCGAUGAGAAAGGUACAACAACUGUCGGUCGAGUCAUUCCGCAUACGGCUGCAAAGGUCAUUGAUGAAAAGGGCAAUACCUUGGCUCGAGGGCAGCGAGGAGAGCUCUGCACAAGUGGAUUUGUGCUACAAAAGGGAUACUGGAAGAAUGAAGAGAAGACCAAGGAGGUGAUGCGAAGAGACGAAAACGGCGUCUUAUGGAUGCACACUGGAGACGAAGCUAUGAUUGAUUCGGAUGGAUAUGCCCAUAUCACCGGUCGGAUCAAAGAUCUUAUUAUUCGAGGUGGAGAGAAUAUCUUCCCGCGAGAAAUUGAAGAACGAUUGAUGUCCCAUGCAUCAGUUUCCGAGGCUAGUGUAGUCGGUAUCAAGGAUGAGAGAUACGGUGAGGUCGUUGGCUGUUUCUUGAAGGCAUCGGUGCAGUUUCAGAGGCCCAGUAUCCAAGAGCUCCAGCAGUUUGUCGGAGAGAGGCUCGGCCGACACAAAGCCCCCAAACAUGUGUUUUGGCUAGGAGAGAAAGGUGUUGGUGAUGACUUCCCGAAGACUGGCAGUGGUAAGCAUCAAAAACACAUGAUGCGGGACAUUGGAAAUCGGUUGGUGGGUAUGUUCAAGGCGAAACUUUAG